AAGCGAGCUGGAGCUCGGACCCCCUUCCCGGCCUGCCCCGAGCAUGGAGCGCGGGGCCCCAGCGCCCGCCCCACGCCUUAGAGACCCGAUGCCAGACCCCGGGGCCUGAACCUCAUCCGACCGCCUCGCCCCUGCCAGAGUUUUAUGGCCCCGUCUUCUCUCAGAAUGAAUCCCGCCCACAGGUCACUCAGCCCGGAGACUGCCAGCGACGACGAGACCAGCAGAGAAGCGGCCGCCGCUUCCCCUCGGGGGAACCCCUUGGCCGAGGAGGACCCGCCCCGGGUGAACUGCAAAGCGCCGGGGUGCAGGGAUCAAGUCUCCUCUAGCUCCCUGUUACCGUUCAGUGUGGAGUCCCUACUCAUUUCGGAAGGCAAACCAGGCCCAAGGAGCAGCAGGACGCACCAGCAGUCUACGGAAGUUGCCCCCGAAGCACCCCCUGCCCCGGGCCGGAGCACCGGGUUCGCGGGGGAACCUGGCCAAGACUUACCGGAGCGGCGGAGCAAGCAGCAGCUCCCGGCGACGGCCGAAAGCACGGGUGAGAGAGAGCCCAGCCCUUGGUUUGCAAAGUCCUCCCACUCCUCCCCUCCAAGGCACCCGAGCCCUCCGUCCUGCACCCUGAGGAAGCACAAGAACAACCGCAAGCCCCGCACGCCCUUCACCACCUCGCAGCUGCUGGCGCUGGAGAGGAAGUUCCGGCAGAAGCAGUACCUGUCCAUCGCCGAGCGCGCCGAGUUCUCCAGCUCGCUCAGCCUCACAGAGACCCAGGUCAAGAUCUGGUUCCAGAACCGCAGGGCCAAGGCCAAGCGGCUGCAAGAAGCCGAGCUGGAGAAGCUCAAACUGGCCGCCAAGCCCCUGCUGCCUUCCUUCGCGCUGCCCUUCCCGCUGGGGACGCACCUGGGCUCCCCGUCUCUUUACGGGGCCUCGGGCGCCUUCCCUGCCCGGGCGGCGCUGCAGCCGGUGCCGGGACUUUUCACGGCGCCGGUCACGUACGGCAUGUAUUACCUGUCCUAGCGCCCGAGCGCGGGGCCAGCCAGCGCCCCCUGAGCCCGGGCCACUCGGCAGGGGGAGCCGGCGCGGACCGAGAGGCGACGCAGCCCCGGACGGCUGCCCCGCCGCUGCUGGACGGAGCUUCGCGCUGGGACACUGACGCCACCGCCCGCCUGGCUUGGAGGCGCCCCCGCUGCUCGCGGCACCGUGGGCCGGCGGUGUCCUCUGCGCGGGCCCGGACCGCCAGGCCCUGCGGGAAGAGACGCGCUGCUGCUCGGAGCAGACGCGCGGCCGCCCUCUCCUCGCCCCCGUCUCCCAGCACCUUUGCCCUCUGCCUCCGCCCCGGGGCCCGGCGGGGCGAGCGCCCUUCCUUCGGACGGACAGCCGUGGGCCAGCCCCUCUCGCGCUGUCCCUGGCGCCGCGCGGGCCGGGGGGCGGUCGGCGGGAGCGACUCCUGCGCUGCCAGCCCGCCGGGGAAGGAGGAAGCGCGGGGGCUUCCCGGGGUGCUGCAGCGCGGAGCGGGGCCCGGGGCCGCUCGCUCCCGGACGCGGCGCCGAGGCUGUCGAGACAGCCCGCCGCCGGGGCUGCCCGAGGCCCGCGCCCUGCGCCCAGCCGGGCGGUGCAUGGGCCCGCGCGUGGGCCGGCGAGAAGCCUCCAUGUGUGUACGCAGCCGCGAAUAAAGCCGCUACAUUCGUCCUCUA